AUGGAGGACGAAGAGGGCUACACGGUAUUAAACCUCCGGCCAAAGCAGAGACAACCAGGCCACCCGCCGGGAGCUGGACCCCAAGGACAGACCAGAGGAGCUACAAACGCAUCAGAGAAUGAUGGUGACAGAAUCAUCAGUAGCACUGAAUGCAGCUCCUGCCUGGAGGAUUUCCAGUCUCGCUUGAAAUCAAUUCUUUGUGAACCUCACAAUGGCAGCUUGGCAGAGGGCUCUGGGUGCAAACUCUGCCCCAGGGACUGGCUGCUGCAUGGGGAUAAGUGCUACUGGCUGUCUAAAGAGAGUAAAGACUGGACUGGGAGCCGUGACGACUGCUUGGGGAAGAGUUCUCGCAUGCUUAUGAUCCAGAACCGGGAGGAGAUGGAUUUCAUACAGGAUGUUACACAAGGUGCAAGCUACGUCUGGAUUGGACUUACGGUGACACCCGCAGGGGGGAAAUGGACCUGGGUGGACGGUUCCCCGUUAGAUCCAGUGCUCUUUCAAGUCUCGGGCUCUGCUGAAGGGAACAGCUGUGGCUGGAUAAGAGGCAGCCGGAUUCAGUCUGAGACGUGUGGUGCUGAGUUCAAAUAGAUCUGCCAGAAAGAAGCUGCCGUGAUAUAAACAUUUGGGUCUGAGGAUCCACAUUUUGUGUCUCUGUAAUGCACAGCAUCCUGGGUUUAGUCUCACGGGGCGGGAUUGUGGUUUUAGGCAGAGCAGAACCCUGAGAGGUGCUGGGACUCAGGUGUCCCUCGCAGUCACAGUCCCUCCCCUCGGUCCUUCUUACUGGGCUGGGGACCUUGGGGUGUAAUUUAUAACUGCCCCAAACCUGCAGUAAGUUACUACCUGAGCUGCUUCCCGGGGUACCCAGGACUUGCCAGCGCCUGCCCUUUGCCUGAAGAAGCCUUGUCUGUGCCUGCCAGGGGUCAGCUCCCCAACUCCACUGGCCACACACACGCGCUUGCUGCUAGGCCUGCAGUCAGCAAUAGGCCCACUCUACCCUCAAGCCCUCUGAGCAUCUGCCUGGAGCAUCUGUCCCCAGGCACUGGCAGUAGUCACAGAGCUGCUGCUUCCAGAGAACCAGUAACACCCCCGCCGCUGCCGCCCCCCCCCCCCACUCUUACCAGUUCCAAUUCAGAUCACUGCUCCACUUAACACACAGCGCUGACCUAUGCUCAUAGUGAAAUCAUGCCUCCGUUCAACA